GCUGUGUUGAAGUCCGAGGAGAAGAGUUAGAAUCGCCUGCUGGUACCAUGGGGUCGCAAUCAAGUGCUGAGACAGUGACUGGAGAGAGUAUUCCUGAGGAUGCUGCCUCCCCAUCACUUGCCCACAAUCCUCAUGAACCCCCCAUGAUCCACGUGUCCUCUCGCAACAUCGAUAUGGAGUUGGUUGCUUGGCUUCAGGCACUGUCAAUUGAUCGUGAUGUUAUUGAUAAGUUUCUAGCUGAGGACUAUACCAAAGAUGAUGUUCUUCUCUGGAUGACUAGAGAUGACCUCAGGAGAAUGCAGAUGAGAGGGGGAGUGGAAUUGCGCAUCUGGCGUAACGUGGUGCAGUACCGCCAUUCUCAGGGCCUGCCAGUCAAUCCUGAAGAGCCCUCUGCAUCUUGCAACACCCCCAAAUCAAGCUCUUCUGACUCGCAUCCCCGUUCAACCAAAUUAUGAAAGAGGGUUGUGUGCCUGUGCUGGUGGUGAAGCAGUCACAGGUUCUUGUGGGAAAAUUAAAGAAGGAUUUUUAUGGGAGGCAAAUUAGCACCUCCUAAUUUUUUUUUAUUAUUAUUUUUUUUUUUUUUGGGGGGUAGGGGCUUUUUUUGGAUUGAAAGAAAAUAUAAUAUUCAGAUUUAGCAUUGUUAAUAAUGAUAUAUAAAAACAAACAAAAAAAUUAAGGUAAACUUUUAAUGAGCUUCUGCGACAGUGCAUUUAGUAAACUUCUAGAGCACACAAUACAAGGAGAAGGAGUCGCCAGGGGAUGUAUAAUGCAUUACGUAUGAUUAAUUGCACUAAUUGCCUAGCCUUCAACCUCUAGCAUUGGGUCAGAGGGUCACAUGGAGUCAGAUAUAAUUUGCUUCAUAUGGUGCUAACAGUACAUAGUGUUUAUGGCAGUUUCAACAACUGUGUGUGAGUUUGUGUGUGCAAGAACUUGAACAUGUAUGUGCUUUCUCUUUGUGUGUGUGUUUUGUUUUCUUUUGCUUGCUUAU